AUGUCUAACAAUUCAGAAACAGCCGAUUGCGUCUAUGCAUUUGAUGAAGGCACAGAAAUCACCAGGGAAGAUAAAAUUCUUGCAGCUUUUGAAGAUGUUCUUCUUUCUGACGAAUUUGUAGAGAAACAAGAUGAAUUCAUCGCAAAGCACUCAAAGCUCUUCACAGAAGAUGGAGAUUUACCACCAGAAUGCAUGAAAAUUUAUAAGCAGUAUGCUGAGUUGAUAGAAAAAACUCUUUUAGCAAAGGUUUCAAAAUUAUUCCCAGAUUUUUCAUUCGACGAGCUCAUUCCUCUUAUCAAGAAUCAUAAAGAAGAAGAUAUAGCACAUGCUGAUGUUUUUGAACUUCUUACAGCUACACUUGAUUUCAAUGAAUUUCGUGAUUUGAUGGUUUCCUACAAUAAAGGCCAAAACACUGACCUAGAAAUUAAAGUCACCAAGUUUUAG